UGCAACAGUGUGUGGUUAACGUCAAAUAAAAGUAAGGUUAAGUCACGCCGUCUUGUCUGAAUUUUCAAAAGUAAACCAAAAAAAUACGUAAUGCUCGUCCCGUAAUUAUGAGCGAAUUGGAAUUUCAGGAUGAGGAACGAGAAGCUUUGUUAUCAAUUUACGAAGGCGACACUGCCUUCAAGCAAGUUUCCAACACCGUCUUUCAGUAUAAGUAUGGAGAACCCGAUAGUCCACGAUCAUUGCUGUUAGAAAUAAUAUGGGGCGAAAAUUACCCAACCGAAAAACCCGAUGUAAAUAUGGACACAUUCUACAAUCGUCACAUAAAUGCUUCUUUAAAGCAGAGAGUAAAAGACAUGGUAUUGGGGGAAGCCGAACAAUACUUAGGGAUGUCAAUGACGUAUUCUCUCUUCGAGUAUGUCAAGGAAAAAUUCGAUGACUUUGUAAAGGAAUUGGCUAAUGCAGAAAUUGUGACCGACAAAGUUGAGGAAUUGACAAUCGGUGAUCAAGUGGACGACAAUAAGAAAAAAUGUUUAAAGAAGGAGCAAUUGACAAAGGCACAAAAAAGGAGACAGUGGGAUAAGGUUGGAGAUAAGGGAGAAAGACCUCGUGGUUGGGAUUGGGUCGAUAUUGUUAAACACCUAUCGCAAACUGGUAGCAAGGAGGACCAAGUCUCGGCGUCUACAUCAUAAAUUGUUACCUUUAUAAGUCACGUUAUACGAUUAGUAACUUUUAAUAACGAAUUAUUUAUAAAUGAUUUUUACGAA